AAUCCCUUCGUCUUCCCACCCGCCCCGUCCCUCCGCAGACCCCUCGUUUUCCUUCUCCCGAAGUUCCCUCCGUCCCUGGCUUUCCCCCGCGCCCUCCCCGGCCCUCGCCCGGCUCCGGCGCCCCGCCCGCUGGGCUCCCAGCCUCAGUUUCCUUCCCUUCCGGCUUCCUUCCUCUGCCGGCGGCCCUUCCUCGAGGGCGGAUGUUUGCCGGGCGGGCGAAGGCGGCGGCGGCGGGUCGAGAGGAUCCCUACUCUGCCCCGGAGGGCUCGGGCCACAGCCAUGCGACGCCCGGGGCGAGGCCUGGGCUGGCCGCCGGGGCCACAGGAGCUCUGGAGCCCCAGGACAAUGGACACUAUCAAUAGGAACCAAGUGGGCCCUGGAUGCAAGACCCCAGCUAUGGUGCAGAAAGGACCCUUGGACCUGAUCGAAACAGGCAAAGGGCUGAAAGUGCAAACGGACAAACCCCAUCUGGUGAGCCUGGGCAGCGGGCGGCUCAGCACGGCCAUCACUCUUCUGCCGCUGGAGGAAGGGAGGACAGUGAUCGGCUCUGCAGCCAGGGACAUCUCACUGCAGGGUCCAGGCCUGGCUCCAGAGCACUGCUACAUUGAGAACCUGCGGGGCACCCUCACCCUCUACCCCUGUGGCAAUGCCUGCGCUAUUGAUGGGCUCCUGGUCCGGCAGCCCACCCGACUCACUCAGGGCUGCAUGUUGUGCCUGGGUCAGUCCACCUUCCUCCGCUUUAACCACCCGGCUGAAGCCAAGUGGAUGAAGAGCAUGAUUCCGGCAGGGGGCCGGGCCCCUGGACCCCCCUACAGUCCUGGCCCGGCAGAAUCAGAAAGCUUGGUGAACGGGAACCACACCCCACAGCCUGCAACCCAGGGACCCGCAGCCUGUGGCAGCCACAGUUCCCUGGUGAGCUCUAUUGAGAAGGACCUGCAGGAGAUCAUGGACUCACUGGUGCUCGAGGAGCCUGGAGCUGCUGGCAAGAAGCCUGCCGCCACUUCCCCACUGUCACCGAUGGCCAAUGGUGGCCGCUACCUGCUGUCCCCCGCGACCAGCCCCGGCGCCAUGUCCAUGGGCUCCAGCUAUGAGAACACCUCUCCAGCCUUCUCUCCGCUCUCCUCACCAGCCAGCAGUGGAAGCUGUGCCAGCCACUCCCCCAGUGGGCAGGAGCCAGCCCCUCCCAUGCCCCCCCUGGUGCCUGCCCGGUCCUCUAGCUACCAUUUGGCCCUGCAGCCCUCACAGUCCCGACCCAGUGGUGCUCGCCCCUCUGAGAGCCCCCGGCUGGGCAGGAAGGGGGGUCACGAGAGGCCGCCCAGCCCUGGCCUCCGAGGUCUGCGGACAGACAGCCCUGCAGCCACUGUCUUGGCAGUGGCCUGCAGAGCCACCGAGAGCCCCCGGCCGGGGGGGCAGUUGCCCCUGGUGGCGAUUGGCCUGAGUGAAUACCCGGCUUCCGGUGCCCGUGGCCAACCCACCGGCAUUCCUGGCAGCCCCAAGUUCCAGCCACCAGUCCCUGCUCCUCGAAACAAGAUUGGCACGCUCCAGGACCGCCCUCCCAGCCCUUUCCGGGAGCUGCCAGGCACUGAGCGGGUGUUGACAACCAGCCCCUCACGCCAGCUGGUGGGCCGAACAUUUUCCGAUGGGUCCGCUACCCGCACCCUGCAGCCUCCCGAGAGCCCCCGCCUAGGCCGGCGGGGCCUGGACAGUAUGAGAGAACUGCCUCCCUUGAGCCCAUCUCUGUCCCGAAGGGCUCUCUCCCCCAUGCCCGCCCGGACCACCCCAGAUCCCAAACUAACCAGGGAAGUGGCAGAGAGUCCCCGACCCCGGCGCUGGGCAGCCCAUGGGGCUUCCCCAGAGGACUUCUCCGUGACGCUGGGGGCACGGGGCCGUAGGACACGGAGCCCCUCACCCACACUCGGGGAGUCCCUGGCACCCCGCAAGGGCAGCUUCAGUGGCAGGCUGAGCCCGGCUUAUAGUCUGGGCUCUUUGACUGGGGCUUCACCCCACCAGAGCCCCCGUGCCCAGAGGAAGCUCUCCAGUGGGGACUUGCGAGUGCCUGUCACUCGGGAGCGGAAAAACAGCAUCACAGAGAUCAGUGACAAUGAGGAUGACCUCCUGGAGUACCACCGGCGGCAGCGCCAAGAGCGGCUUCGGGAGCAGGAGAUGGAGAGGCUGGAACGCCAGCGCCUGGAGACCAUCCUGAACUUAUGCGCCGAGUACAGCCGGGCCGACGGGGGACCUGAGGCCGGGGAGCUGCCCAGCAUCGGGGAGGCCGCCGCAGCCUUGGCUCUGGCCGGCCGGAGGCCCUCACGAGGCCUUGCGGGGGGCACUGGGGCCUCUGGGCGGAGCAACGAGGAGCCUGGAGGUGCCACCCAACGCCUGUGGGAGACUGUGGAGCGCUCAGAUGAGGAGAAUCUCAAGGAGGAGUGCAGUAGCACGGAGAGCACCCAGCAGGAGCAUGAAGAUGCACCUAGUGCCAAGCUCCAGGGAGAGGUGCUGGCCCUGGAAGAGGAGCGGGCUCAGGUGCUGGGGCGAGUGGGGCAGCUCAAAGUCCGGGUGAAGGAGCUGGAGCAGCAGCUGCAGGAGUCGGCCCGAGAGGCUGAAAUGGAGCGAGCACUGCUGCAGGGGGAGAGGGAAGCAGAGCGCGUACUGCUGCAGAAGGAGCAGAAGGCGCUGGACCAGCUGCAGGAGAAGCUGGUGACCUUGGAGACGGGCAUCCAAAAGGAGAGGGACAAGGAGAGGGCGGAGCUGGCCGCGGGACGGAGGCACCUGGAGGCCCGCCAGGCGCUCUACGCCGAGCUCCAGACGCAGCUCGAUAACUGCCCCGAGUCAGUGCGGGAACAGUUACAGGAGCAGCUGAGAAGGGAGGCAGAAGCCCUGGAGACUGAGACAAAGCUCUUUGAAGACUUGGAGUUCCAGCAGCUGGAGCGGGAGAGCCGCGUGGAGGAGGAGCGCGAGCUGGCUGGCCAAGGGCUGCUCCGGAGCAAGGCCGAGCUGCUCCGGAGCAUCGCCAAGAGGAAGGAGCGCCUGGUGGUCCUGGACAGUCAGGCUGGGCAGAUCCGGUCCCAGGCUUUGCAAGAGUCGGAACGCCUAGCCCGAGAUAAGAAUGCCUCCCUGCAGCUGCUGCAGAAGGAGAAGGAAAAACUGGCUAUGUUGGAAAGAAGAUACCACUCGCUCACAGGGGGCAGGGCUUUCCCGAAGACCACGUCGACCCUCAAAGAGGUUUACCGCUCCAAGAUGGAUGGUGAGGCUACCAGCCCCUUGCCCCGGACCCGCAGCGGCCCCCUCCCCUCCUCCUCUGGCUCUUCCUCCUCCUCCUCCCAGCUCAGCGUGGCUACCUUGGGCCGUAGCCCCUCCCCAAAGAGCACUCUCCUCACCCAGAAUGGCACAAGCAGCCUUCCUCGCAACCUGGCAGCCACGCUGCAGGACAUUGAGACCAAGCGCCAGCUGGCCCUCCAGCAGAAGGUCGAGUCGCUUCCUGCCGAGCCCCUCCCAACUGACGACCCAGCAGGGCAGCAGGUGAUCGAGGAGCAGCGGCGGCGGUUGGCUGAGCUGAAGCAGAAGGCGGCGGCCGAGGCGCAGUGCCAGUGGGACGCCCUGCACGGCACUGCGCCCUUCCCGGCCGGGCCCUCGGGCUUUCCGCCGCUCCUGCAUCACUCCAUCCUGCACCACCUACCGGUGGCCAGGGAGCGAGGGGAGGAGGGCGAGCACGCCUACGACACGCUGAGCCUGGAGAGCUCAGACAGCAUGGAGACCAGCAUCUCCACGGGGGGCAACUCGGCCUGCUCCCCCGACACCAUGUCCAGUGCCAGCGGCCUGGAUGUGGGGAAGACGGAAGAAAUGGAGAAGAUGCUGAAAGAAGCUCAUGAGGAGAAGAGCCGGCUCAUGGAGUCGAGGGAGCGGGAGAUGGAGCUGAGGCGGCGGGCCCUGGAGGAGGAGCGGAGGCGGCGGGAGCAGGUGGAACGGAGGCUGCAGGGCGAGGGCGCCCGGAGGCAUCAGCUCGUGGAGAAGGAGGUCAAGAUGCGGGAGAAGCAGUUCUCGCAGGCACGACCCCUGACCCGCUACCUGCCGAUCCGGAAGGAGGACUUUGACCUGAAGACCCACAUUGAGUCCUCAGGCCACGGUGUGGAUACCUGCCUGCAUGUGGUGCUCAGCAGCAAGGUCUGCCGUGGCUACUUGGUCAAGAUGGGUGGCAAGAUUAAGUCAUGGAAGAAGCGCUGGUUUGUCUUCGAUCGACUCAAGCGCACCCUUUCCUAUUAUGUGGACAAGCAUGAGACGAAGCUGAAAGGGGUCAUCUAUUUCCAGGCCAUUGAGGAAGUGUACUAUGACCACCUGCGCAGUGCAGCCAAGAGCCCAAACCCGGCCCUCACCUUCUGUGUGAAGACCCAUGACCGGCUGUACUACAUGGUGGCCCCUUCCGCAGAGGCCAUGCGCAUCUGGAUGGAUGUCAUCGUCACCGGGGCGGAGGGCUACACCCAGUUCAUGAACUGACUGAAUGGGCCUCGUGGACCCUCAGGCCGGCCCAGGACCCAGGCCCAACUGCCUGCUGCUCCACUCGACCCGGAGACAGUCACGCCCUGGGCCUCAGGCCUCACACAAGUGCUCCCAGAGGCCCUGGAGGGCGGAGCAUGACUGGGGUUUUGUACAAGAAGUGACUUUGUAAUGUUCUCUAAGGAGCUCGUCCUGUGAGUUUCUGAGCUCCAGCCCCCUAAAGAACCAGCCAGGAGAUAAAAGUUGGGGAGGGGGCUUUGCUGCCUCCUGGGAGCCCAGAACUUGCAAUAACCCUUCAGGGUCCUGCCCCAGGCCCAGCCAGGCUGAGGAGCUGUCACAGAGCGGCCCCUCCGCUCUGACCUGGCACCUGUGCUCCCCAGCCUGUGUUCUCUUUUGUAAAGGACUAAUUAUGGUACCAGAAGCUGCCAAAGAUCCCCUCUUGCCUCAGCCCCCUUUGCAGGGGCCUUGGGGGCUGAGCAGAGCCACAUUCAGAGUGGGGUAACAGCUCAGGCGGUGUACUUCUCAAACCCCGCUCUACCCCAUUGUUGUCCUGCGUUUAUAUUUUUUAUUACUUUGCUGAAGGGCCAGAGACCGGAAGUGUCAUCCUUGAGGUCCCAGCUCUAUCACCUUUUUACAGACCCAUCACCAUGGUCACCACAGUGACGGCUUCAUCGCCAUGGUUACAUACUAAUUGCUCCAUGGCUCAGCCCACUGCUUCAGCGGUGGGCCCGUCUGAGGGUAUGUGCCAUCAUCUCUCCAGCCCAGGCCCUUGGGCAUCUCCUGCUGGGGGGAAGGGACUGAACACCUUCUCCCUGCCCCCUGCCUGCGUCUCCAGGCCCUGAUACACAGCCUGCUGGCUCCCCUGUCCAGCCCUCCCCCUUCCACUCGUGCCUUGCCUAGAGCCAGAAGGGGUGAAGCUGGGAACUAGAGACCAGAGGAGGAGCCAUUGGAUGGGAGAAGAAGCUAGAAGGGCUGUCCUUGGGGUUGUUAUAGGGCUGAGUUUCUGACAGACAGAGGGCUGUUCAGAUUCUCCCUGAUGGAAGUCCUGAGCAGGAGAGGAAGCAGCAGAGGCGGUGCCCUGAGGUCUGGUUGCCCUCCCUGCAGCCUCAGAAGGCGGGUGAAAUGGAGAGCAGAGGACCGGGCCUCCAGCUGCCUGUGCUCAGCCCUUUCCGCCUUAACACUAAGCCCACCUCCCUGUCCCCCUUCCCAGCCCUGGGCCGUGGUUGCUGGGUCCAGGUUGGAUGUUUUUCAGUAUUUGUAAGCAUCUCAGCAGAACAAUAAAGCAUUUGGACUAUG